AUGGAAUUAAGUAACAAUAAUCUAGUAUAUGAAGGUAUGUUUUUGAGCAGCAGUCCAACCUGCUUUAUGCUACAAGCUAGAGGUUAACAGAAUUGUAUCAUAUGUAAAAGCGGUUACUUAAUAGAUUACUAGAAUAACAUGGAUUGUGUUAGCCCAUCUUCAAAUAGUUAGAGUACAAUAAUAGAUAAUGUUAAAGACUGGUUUCCAAUAUAAUUCAAAUGCCCUAAAAAUAUGAUUUUGAAUAGCUAAAAUGUGUGUAUUUGCAUGUUUUAAUAUUACAGAGUGGGUGAUGAUUGUUUUUUAUGCAAAAAUUAUUGCAAAGGUUGUUUAGAUGCAGAUACGUGCAUAUAAAUGGAUCCAUUAAGAUAAAGAAAUGGAAAAUGCUAAGAUGGUCUUUUUGAUGAUGGGUAUAAUUGCUACAAUACUUUAUAUAAUAUUUAAAGUAGGAUAAAUUACAUUAAAACGUUAAAUCCUAAUAAUUUUCUUAGUGGAUGCUCUUAAAUUGGAACUCAAACUUCUAAUUUAAUUGAUAAUUCUAUUUUAAUGCUGUAAAAAGAGAAGGCAUUCUUUUUUUCUUUUAGUGUGAAAGUCUAUGACUCAGUUAGUUAAGCUGCUAUAGCUUUCUUGUAAGAUGGAACAUCUGAAUUAUUCACUAUAAUGUUUGAAUUGACCUCUUAUAAUGGAUAAAGUUUACCAUCUGUAAAUCUGUAUGUAAAAGGCUCAAAAUUACUAAGUUUAAUUAUAGGGUAACAAUCAACAGUAUGGAUAGGCUUAUGGACGGAUUUUAACAAUCUUUGCUUUUUUAUUUUCUCUGAUAUGAUUAUGCAAUACUAAAAUAUAAAUGUGAAUAGUUAUUUCUCAAGCUAUAGUGUGCAAAAUCCUACUUUGUGUGUUGGAAAAUGUAGUUCUUAAUUACAAUCAAAUUAUGCAUGUGCAGAGUAUAGUUAAAUUCUUUAUAUUUAUAAUUUAAACCAGAUUAAUGAUUUAGCCCAAGCUAGAUAUUUAAUUAACCUUUACACAUAAACAAUUUCAUUAUUUAAACUAGAUUUCUUUAAUUUGCCAACUUCUAACAGCAUUAAAGACUAAUCAAAUUAGUAUGCUUUAAUUUCAAACUCAAAAAUAAUAUCUAAUAGAUUCAAAGGAAUUCAAUUUACUUAAAAUCUUUAAGCUUAAAUCUCAGGUGUUGAUAUUUAAUAAAACUAUCCUAGUUUUUCGUGUUAUAUCUUUCUUGAAGAACUUACUUUUUAGCAAAUGAUAUUUUAGAUACAACUAGGAUCUUCGUAAUUAUAGUAUCAUAUAGUCCCAUAUGGUACAAAAGCUUUUGUUAGGAUAUGCUAAUUUAACUUAUGUCUUGAUACAAAAUACUCUAUGCUUAAUAUUUAUGAGCAAAACUUUCUAUACAUUAUUUAUAGAAAAAUAGGAAAUUUUCAAACAAAUAUUUAUCAAGAGUUUGAAGUAUUUUGCAACUAUUAAAGAGAAGUCUUAUUAUUUUUUGUAUAAUAAAUCGAAGCAGGUGAAGGAUUUUAUUAUCAAGAUUAAAAUCUUUCCGAAAAAUGUUUUUUAUUUAAAAAUAUUUAAUAAAUGGAAUGCUUAAUCCCAAAAAAAGGAUUUGUUUUUUAUUAAGAUAAUUUAUUAAUCACAGAAGACGAAUGCAAAAAUUUAACAAUUAAAAACAAUUAUUUUCAUAUAAUAAAUCCAUCAACAUAAGAAUGUAUUAAUACUUACUUAUCUCCAUACUGUGAAUAAUUAGACGAUAUCGAUGAUUCUUUGAAAUGUAAUAAAUGCUAAUAUAUAGGCCAGGACCCUGACAAGAAUUGUGAAUGCCCAUUUGGAAGCUAUUUAAAUAUAACAAAUUCAAAAUGCGAAUAAUGCAAUCCUUAAUGCUAAACAUGUGAUGGUUCAUCUAAUAACUGUUUAACUUGCAAAUAUGCUAAUUAAAAUCCACCAUAAUGUGAAUGCUUAAAUUCAAAUGAGUUUUUAGAUGAAAAUUACAUUUGCAAAAUUUGUUCCUAUAAAUGUUAAACUUGCUAUUAGAGUGCUAAUAUGUGCCAAACUUGUUCUACUAAUAGAUUUAAUCCACCUAAUUGUGAUUGUGCGCCAUAGUAUAUAGAGUUUAAUGGUUAAUGUUAGCCAUUAAAAUGUGAAAAUAAAUGUUCAAAAUGUGAUUAGUCUACUUCUAAUUGCAUUGAAUGCAAUAUAGGUAGAGUUAAUCCUCCUCUUUGCAACUGUUAGCUUAAUUACAUUGAAAAUUAAGAUGGAACUUGUUCAUAUGCUCAAUUUAGUGUCAUUCUUGCAUAAAUUAACAAUAUAAUUGCACUUCUUGCAAUUAUGGAUUAAUUCUUUAAAAAAAUAAAUGCAUUUGCUCAGAUGGAACUUCUAUGA